ACAAUGUCAUUUUCCACUAUAAAUAUCCCUCCCACCUAAUCCAUUAUCUCCCUCAUCUUAUCACUUGGAUCUUUCCAGAAAAAUUCGAUUCCGAGAGAGAGAGAGAGAGGGUGAGAGAGAGAGAGAGAGCGAAAAUGGAGUUCACGGCAGAGCAGCUUAGCCAGUACAACGGGACCGACUCAUCGAAGCCGAUCUACGUGGCGAUCAAGGGCCGAGUAUUCGACGUCACCACCGGCAAAUCCUUCUACGGCGCAGGAGGCGAUUACGCGAUGUUCGCGGGAAAAGACGCGAGCAGAGCCCUGGGGAAGAUGAGCAAGAACGAAGAAGACGUGUCUCCUUCCCUUGAAGGUCUCACCGAGAAGGAGAUGACCACUCUUAAUGAUUGGGAGAAGAAGUUUGAAGCUAAGUAUCCCGUCGUUGGCCGCGUUAUCUCCUAAGUUCAAUCAUAUCCUUCCGAUCUCUGGUUUGUAACUAUGAUAUGUGGAUCUGUGUAUGCGUUUGUGUUUUCGUGUUUGAUCUGAUCGUUUGAUGAAUGUAAUAAAUUGGUGUUCCUUACU